UACACUGGCUGCUCGGCUCUGACCGGAGCAGCUACCGGGCGACUCUCUCCUGUCUUCACCGCGGACCGCUGCGUCUCUCACGGUCGAGUCCGGUUCGUCCUCGGGGAAUCUCAGUCCUCCACCACCCGUUGUUUGUGGUCGCGUCCCCGGCAGCUGCUCAGCCCAGAGGCUCGCUGGCUAGCGGAGCGGCGGCAGACAGGAGGCAGCAGCAGGUCGGACCGAUGCGCAGGGGACGUUAGCAACAAGCUAAUUAGCCCGAAGGACCGAGCCUGGAUUACUGUUCUUAAUCAGAGAGGAACCGAGCGAGUCCGCGGAGACGCUCACUGCGGCAGCAACAUGAAGAUCACGGUGGAAUUCGAGGAGUGUUUGAAGGACUCCCCGCGGUUCAGAGCCACCAUAGAGGAAGUAGAGGGGGAUGUGUGUGAGUUGGAAUCCAAGCUGGACAAAUUGGUGAAGUUGUGCAUUGGGAUGAUCGAUGCUGGAAAAGCCUACAACGCAGCCAACAAGCAGUUUGUUAAUGGGAUCCGAGAAUUAGCCCAGUCGUCCACCAGAGACGAGGUUAUCGAGUCCAGUCUGACAAAGUUUGCAGAGAGCCUUCAGGAGAUGAUCAACUAUCACACGAUAUUAUUUGAUCAAGCCCAGAGAUCAAUCAAGACCCAGCUUCAAACUUUUGUCAAAGAUGACCUGCGUAAGUUCAAAGAAGCCAAGAAGCAGUUUGAUAAAGUUAGCGAUGAAAAGGAGGCAGCGCUGAUAAAGAACGCCCAGGCGCCCCGCAACAAGCAGCAUGAGGUGGAGGAGGCCACCAACAUCCUCACGGCCACACGCAAGUGCUUCCGACACAUCGUGCUCGACUACGUCUUACAGAUCAAUGUGCUGCAAUCCAAGAGAAGAUCAGAAAUCCUGAAAUCAAUGCUGUCCUUCAUGUACGCCCACUUGACCUUCUUUCACCAAGGAUAUGACCUCUUCAGUGAACUACAACCUCUUAUGAAACACCUUGGAGGACAGUUGGACCAGCUGGUGGUGGAUGCUGCCAAAGAGAAGAGAGACAUGGAGCAGAAACACUCCACCAUCCAGCAAAAGGACUUCUCGAAUGAUGACACCAAGCUGGAAUACAAUGUGGACGCAGACAACGGCAUCGCCAUGGAGGGUUAUCUUUUUAAGAGGGCCAGCAAUGCCUUCAAGACAUGGAAUAGGCGUUGGUUCUCCAUCCAAAACAAUCAACUGGUUUACCAAAAGAAAUUUAAGGACAACCCCACAGUGGUGGUAGAGGACCUCCGGCUAUGUACUGUCAAACACUGUGAAGACAUAGAGCGUCGCUUCUGUUUCGAAGUGGUGUCACCCACCAAGAGCUGUAUGAUGCAGGCAGACUCAGAGAAGCUGCGACAGGCCUGGAUCAAAGCUGUCCAGAACAGCAUCGCCACCGCCUUCCGCGACAAGGGAGAUGAAGGCGAGAAGCUGGACAGGAAAUCGUCCACAUCGACAGGGAGUCUUGACUCUGGUGGGGAGCCAAAGGAGCGGUCGCUGAAAGGAGAGAGUGCCCUGCAGAAGGUCCUGGCCAUCCCGGGAAACACCUGCUGCUGUGACUGUGGCCAGCCUGACCCUCGCUGGGCCAGCAUCAAUCUGGGCAUCACCCUCUGCAUACAGUGCUCUGGUAUUCACAGGAGUCUUGGAGUUCAUCUCUCAAAAGUCCGGUCUCUGACAUUGGACAUGUGGGAACCUGAACUUCUUAAGUUGAUGUGUGAAUUGGGAAACGGAGUGAUUAACCAGAUCUAUGAAGCUCGGCGAGAGGAGCUAGGAGCCAGAAAACCACAGCCAGGAGACCCGAGACACGAGGUUGAGGCCUACAUCAAAGCCAAAUACGUGGACCGUCGGUUUGUGCGCCGCCCGUCAGACGAGGAGCUUCGCAACAAAGUGGUUUCUCUGAGCAAACAGGAGAAGAGGCUGAGCAGCAGCUCCGAGCACCUGCCCCCACGGCCACCUCCACCUACCCCCAAACUCCGAGCGGCUUCAAACACCUCUGGACAAACGGUUAAAAGUGCAGACAGCGGCAUCCAAAACAGUGCAGAUGGAAGCAGGGAGAUGCUGGUCAACACCCCGUCCAAUAACAGCCUGACAGAUGCAGAUGCUGCUGAGCCUCCGCCCAUGGCCAUGCCUGACAAGCUGCCGCCUCCGUCACCCUGUAAAGAGAUGGUGUUCUAUGAACCCAAGGAGUACAGCCAAGGUCUGCAGCUGUACUGGGCUUCAUGUGCCCGCAGUCUGCCCGACAUGGCGGAAGCACUGGCCCACGGAGCCGAAGUAAACUGGGUCAAUACUGAGGAAGACAAGAGGACGCCGCUUAUCAUGGCGGUGCAGGGGGGGUCACUGGUCGCCUGUGAGUUUUUGCUUCAAAAUGCAGCGAGUGUGAACCAGCAGGACGCUCAGGGCCGGGCUCCCCUGCACCACGCCACCAUGCUGGGACACACAGGACAAGUGUGUUUGUUCCUAAAAAGAGGAGCGAAUCAAAAUGCUGCAGACAUUGACGAGAAAACCCCACUGACCAUAGCGGUGGAUGCGGCCAACGCAGACAUUGUUACACUGCUGCGACUGGCAAAGAUGAACGAGGAGAUGCGAGAGGCGGAGGGGCCCUACAGCCAGUCAGGUGAUGAAACCUACCAGGACAUUUUCCAGGACUUCACCCAAAUGGCCUCCAACGACCCGGACAAGCUGAAGCGCUACCAGCAGUACGACCCGCAGUGACCCUGACGCUGCAGAAUCUCCGUCCAGUAGCACUUGGAGAGACACUGUCCCCGACCUGGGAGAGACGCAGCAUCCAAACCCCCGCCUCCGCCCGGAAGGUCCCCUGCUCAUUAUUCCUCCCAUCAUUCAGAAACAUCUGCCCUAAAGCCGGUUAGUGCCACCGCAGCUGGACACGUCAGCACGUCUCACAUGGCCGACACUCUUUCAUCACAUCAAUCUGACAGGUUGCUGUGAUCACAUCACUGAAGAGACGGGUAAACUUCUGUGAGAGGAAAAGCUCCCUGUUUUUAAACUGUGCUUCUCAGUAGAGGACCUAUUACAACUAGUGAAUGGUACAGUGUUAAAGCCUUUGGAAGGAUCGCAGUAAUUAAAGAAACAUUUUUUAACUCGGUCUGAAUGUAGAGCGCUGACGAGGCUCAGUUUAAUACCUCCUGUAACACUUCCUCUCACACUUCCUGUCACACUUCCUGACAAAAGACAACUUCUUUUUUUUAAUACGUUUAAAAAAAGAAGUGUGUAUCAUCAGAUGUACAAAGAGGUAAGAGCAUGACAGAUUGUUAAAUAGGAUUCUCCUUAUGAGUAAAGGCAUCUUUUUUUUAUAUCAAACUUUCCUUAUGUGAACUCAGCUGUGUAUCCAUGGCAACACGCUUCCACCUAUUUGCACAAAUCCCUUUGUCUUAAAACGCCACCAAUGUUUACCAGUUUGACAUGUUGUAAACUGUACAGUGAUUAUAGAGGUAAACAUGUUAUUGAUUUAUUUUAAUGUUAAAUAUAAUUUUUUUUUUUUUAAUGGUUUUUAUUUUUCAACGUUUCUUUCUGAAUGAUUUCAAUUUCUGUCUCGUUGUCAGAAGCUGUUUUAUCUUUAUUUGUAGAUUUUAAUGCAGACAAUUGAUUCCCAUUGAUUUUUAGAAAUCUGGUCAAAUUAAAUUUUUAACAGGUUCAUCAUUUUAUAAUAAUUACAGGAAAUGUAGGAUUUUUGUUGAAAGAACAACUUCAUCUAAACUCAAAUAAGUGUCAUUAAGUGAAGUAAUAAUUAGAAAUUGUAUAAUUUGAACAAAAAAUUUAAAGAAAGUUAUCCUUUGAUCUGGCUUGUGGAUGCAUUUGUGAUAAAUGCAAAUAUUUUGUUAACAAAUAACCUUGUGUUUCCUGUAACUGUUUAACUAUAUUUGCCUUUUAUUUUGAAAUCUGAUGUUUAAGCCGCAUUGUGUGAUUUCAUGGGUUGAGCUGUUAAAACCAAAUUUACAUUUUAAGACUCAGAUCAGAUGCCUUCUUCCAAAAUGUUUAAACUCAGAAAUGAAUUCUGUAAAUGUCAUAAUAGAUGCUCUGCUCUGUAAUUUAGGACUAAUUGUUUUUUCUUGGUCAGCCUUAUUUGAAACUGUACAAUCUUUAAACAUUGAUAGUUUAUAGCAGGAUGUGACGUCAGUUCCUGAGGAAAUCUUUGUCCAAUGAUGCAACAUGGGAUACAACUCUUGUACAUUUUGUACAGAUGCUUUUGAAUUCUGCAUUGAACUGAAGUAUAAAGUUAGAGGUACUUGAAUCAUUCAAAUAAGAUAUUGUAUAUGCUGUUCUUUGUAUCCUUCAGUCAUUUAGCCCAUUUUAUAUUGCCUGUCUGUAAACCAUUAUACAUGAACUGUGUAUUCUACCUGUAAUAUGUAAGAACUUCAAUACAUAGACUGAGGAUUCACCAAUGAA